AUGGCAAACCGCAGAUUUCCACCGUCCCGCCGGGGAGAGGCGAAUCUCAGCCGUGGCCGACUGAUCGACCUCAACCGCGAGCUCGAGGGAAGGUCGUUUUACCAUCCGAUCUUCAACCCUCAAGGCAUCAUUGACAUCUCCGGAGCGUCUAAUGAGGGAAUGCGCGAUUAUUUGCAGCAAUACUGCGAUCGAAAUUCGAGCGACCGGUCAAUAUCAACCGUAUUGGAAUACGGAUCCGUCGCGGGACCUCCCGAUCUUCACCAGGCUGUUAGCAACUUGAUCAAUGAAUGGUUCAACCCAGCCAUCCCCGUGCAGCCGUCUCAGAUCCUCGCCACCAACGGGGUCAGCUCCCUCCUCGACGUGGUUGCGUUCAACAUUGCAGAAGCUGGCGAGGGAAUCUUGAUUCCAGUCCCUAUGUACUCCAUGUUCGAACAGGAUGUCGGUGCCCGGGCUCAGCUCACGAUCCUUCCUGUUCGAACGGGCAAUCUUCCCGACCAGUUCAAUGCGGUGCACGCGGAAGCAUUCGUUGCCGAGUUCCAGAAGAGCCUGGACGCGGCCCGACGAAAGGGCAUUUCUGUCAAAGCCGUUUUAAUCAGCAACCCGAACAAUCCCGUUGGCCGGUUCUACUCGCGCCCUACACUCGAGGCGCUUGCACACUUCUGCGCUGUGGAGGGCCUCCAUCUAGUGGCGGAUGAAAUCUACGCUCUUUCAGGAUUUGAUUCACCAGAUGACCCUAGUCUCCCUGGGUUUACCUCCGUCUUGAGCCUUCGCAAGAAUUCAAAGCGUGGGAGAUUAAUCUCGCACCAGAACAUCCAUUGCCUGUAUGGCGCCAGUAAGGACUGGGCAAUGGGCGGUCUCCGAUUGGGAUUCCUGAUCACACGGAAUGCUGAGAUAUGGGCGACGUGCAGGCGUCUAGCGCUAUUCACAUGGGUAACGCCCUUCGCGACAAGAUUCUUCACGGAGUUCAUCAGUGACACUGCAAACGUUCGGAACUACGUCACCUGA